AUGGCCACCACCACCACGCCCGCCCCCUUCCCCACCGCCUUCAAAAUCCUCACGGCCGAGCAAUGGGCGUCCUGGCAACGCAGCGGCACCUUCGCAGGCGCGUCGAUCGACCUGACGGACGGCUACAUCCACCUGUCGGCGGCGGACACGGUCAAAGAGACGUUCGACAAAUACUUCGCCGGGCAGAAAGGCCUCGUCGUCGCCGAGGUCGACCUGGGCAAGCUGGGCGACGCGGUCAAGUGGGAGGCCAGCCGCGGCGGGGCGCUGUUUCCGCAUGUCUAUGGGACGGGGAUACCGUUGGGUGCGGUGACGAGGUCGUGGGAGACGGUGGAUGCGAAGUUGAUGGGGGAGUUGGGGGCGUGA